AUGGACGGGGACAUUAGCAACUUCGUCGCCAUCACGGCGGCCAGCCCCGAGGUGGCUCGCGGCUUCCUCGAGAUGGCCAACAAUAAUCUUGAGGCCGCCAUCCAGCUCUUCUUCGAGAACCCCGACAUCCAGAACAGCUUCAACGCUGCGCCUGCCGCCAGCAGUUCCGCAGCACCUCCCGUACCCGCGAGCACUCGACCGAACAUUGGAAGACAGGACAACAGCGGGGUCAUCCACCUUGACAGCGAUGACGACGAAGACACCGCCAUGUACGACGACGACGACGGUCUCUUCGUCAAGGAUGAUUUUAAGGACGACGACGAGGUUGCUGCGCGCGCCGCCGAGGUUGAUGCGCAUGCCCAGGCCACGGCCAUCGCACAGAAGGCACAGGAAGAGGAAGAUGCCGCCAUGGCCCAGAGACUACAAGAAGAGCUGUACGGAAGUGGUGCCGGUGGUGGUGCCGGUGGAGGGGGUGCUGCCCACGAUGAGGUUAGAUCGCCCAUCGCCAGAACCACGGAGACGUUGGUUGGAGGUUACGAUGCCGAUGAUGGCAUGGGCAUGGAUAUGGACAGCAUCAUUCGGGCACAGAUGAGGCAACGCGAGGCAGCAAGAGCAGGAAGAGGUGGUAGAGGAGGUCCCUUCAGUCACAACCUGUCGAUCUGGGACGACGACGGCUCAACGCCUCAGCAGCCGGCCACAUCAGAGGGCGCUUCCCGUGCGCAGAGACUCGCGGAGCUCUUCCGCCCACCUUACGAUAUCAUGUCGAGACUGGACUGGGAUGAGGCAAGACAGGAAGGCAAAGACGAGAAGAAAUGGAUCUUGGUUAACCUCCAGGACAUGAGCGACUUCAACUGCCAGGCCCUUAACCGCGACAUCUGGAAAGACGCCGCCAUCCGACAACUGCUGGCCGAAAGCUUCAUCUUCCUUCAGUACGACAAGGACUCCGUGUCGGCGCAGCAGUACGUCACCUUCUACUUCCACCACGGUGCCCAAGAGAACCCCGACAACUACCCCCACGUCGCCAUCAUCGACCCGAGGACGGGAGAGCAGGUCAAGGUCUGGAGCGGACGGCCGUUCCCCAGCGCCUCCGACUUCCACGCCCAGCUGGCCGAGUUCCUGGACCGCUACAGCCUAGCCGCCAACAGCAAGAACCCUGUGGCGGAUCAGUCGGCGCCGAGACCCAAGACGGUGGACGUGGAUCGCAUGACGGAGGAGGAGAUGCUGGAGAUGGCGCUCCAGAACAGCUUGCAGACGUCCAACGGUGGCAGCAGCAGCGAUGCCAAGCCCAAGGCCGGCGUCGUCGAUCCUGACGCGCUCACAAAGUCGGACUCUUCCAGCGAAAAGGGCAAGGCCCCCGCGGACGAAGCUUCUACUCCCGCGGCAGAGACGUCAGCCCCGCCAAGUAUCUGGACCACGAUUGCAAGCGACAAGCCCCACACGGAACCGGAGAACAACCCGGCGACGACGACGCGGAUACAGUUCCGCCACCCGACAGGACGUGUCAUCAGGCGGUUCAACGUGUUUGACCCGGUCAGACGCAUCUACGAGUGGCUCAAGGCGGAGCCCCUGGAGGGCAAGGGCGGCAUCGAGUUCGAGCUGAAGCGCAUGCCACAGGGUCAAGAUUUGACGGCCGAGUUGGAUAAGACCAUUGCUGAGGCCGGUCUUAAGCAGGGGACAGUCAUGAUUGAGUUCAUCGAGGACUAG